GGUUUUUUACUUUCGCGCAAAAUCCAAACUCAGCUGACGGGUCUUGUGAUUCCUCACAGGUUUACUUAAUUUCUCUGCUUGAAAUUGGGUGAGGUUUUUGGUUGAGCAUUACUUAACGCCGCAAUCAUUUACAAAUCUCGCGAAAAUGUCUAAACUUCCAAAGGUGGCCGAUGUCGAGGAGGAAUCGACAUACGGAUAUGUCUUCGCGGUUUCCGGUCCAGUCGUCACUGCAGAAAGGAUGAGUGGAUCUGCUAUGUACGAAUUGGUUCGAGUCGGCUAUUACGAGCUUGUUGGUGAAAUUAUUCGGUUAGAAGGCGACAUGGCUACAAUUCAGGUAUACGAAGAAACGUCAGGCGUUACGGUUGGUGAUCCUGUUUUGCGUACCGGUAAACCGCUAUCUGUCGAGCUCGGUCCGGGUAUUAUGGGAUCAAUCUUUGAUGGUAUUCAGCGACCGUUGAAAGAUAUUAAUGAAAGCACACAAAGUAUUUAUAUUCCAAAGGGUAUCAACGUACCAGCUUUGUCACGCACACUUAAAUGGGAUUUUAAUCCCUUAAACAUAAAGUUGGGUUCGCACGUGACCGGCGGUGAUUUAUAUGGUAUGGUUCACGAAAAUACUUUGGUUAAGCACAAGUUGUUACUUCCUCCACGUGGUAAGGGAACGGUGACCUAUAUUGCAGAUCCCGGAAAUUACACAGUGGAUGAUGUCAUUCUUGAAACUGAAUUUGACGGAGAACGUACAAAGUAUACCAUGUUGCAAGUGUGGCCUGUACGUCAACCACGUCCAGUCGCCGAGAAAUUACCUGCCAAUCAUCCUCUACUAACAGGUCAGCGUGUGUUGGAUGCCCUAUUUCCAUGCGUCCAGGGAGGAACAACCGCCAUUCCGGGUGCUUUCGGUUGCGGCAAAACUGUAAUAUCGCAAUCUUUAUCUAAAUAUUCAAAUUCCGAUGUUAUCGUAUAUGUUGGCUGUGGGGAAAGAGGUAACGAGAUGUCUGAAGUACUUCGCGAUUUUCCCGAGCUGUCAGUCGAAAUCGAAGGCCACACUGAAUCAAUCAUGAAACGUACUGCUCUGGUUGCAAACACCUCUAACAUGCCCGUAGCCGCUCGAGAGGCAUCUAUUUACACAGGUAUUACAUUAUCAGAAUACUUCCGUGACAUGGGUUACAAUGUAUCGAUGAUGGCCGAUUCGACGUCUCGUUGGGCAGAAGCUCUUCGUGAAAUUUCCGGUCGUCUCGCCGAAAUGCCUGCCGAUUCAGGUUAUCCCGCAUAUCUAGGUGCGAGAUUGGCGUCGUUCUACGAACGUGCCGGCCGUGUUAAGUGUCUUGGAAAUCCGGACAGAGAAGGUUCUGUCUCGAUUGUAGGCGCAGUGUCGCCACCUGGUGGUGAUUUCUCUGAUCCCGUUACAUCCGCAACUCUAGGUAUCGUUCAGGUGUUUUGGGGCUUGGAUAAAAAAUUGGCACAACGUAAGCACUUCCCCUCAAUUAACUGGCUCAUUUCGUACUCGAAGUAUACUCGCGCUUUAGACGACUUCUAUGAUAAAAACUUUGUUGAGUUUGUACCGCUUCGCACAAAAGUAAAAGAAAUCUUGCAGGAAGAAGAGGAUCUAUCCGAAAUCGUCCAACUUGUCGGUAAAGCCUCACUGGCCGAAACAGAUAAGAUCACCUUGGAAGUGGCCAAGUUACUCAAGGAAGAUUUCUUACAGCAAAACUCAUACUCGUCCUACGAUCGGUUCUGUCCAUUUUAUAAAACUGUGGGCAUGCUAAGGAAUAUGAUCGGAUUUUACGACAUGUCCAGACAUGCCGUCGAAACAACAGCACAGUCCGAAAAUAAAAUCACGUGGAAUGUCAUUCGGGAUUCGAUGGGCAAUAUUUUAUACCAGUUGAGCAGUAUGAAAUUCAAGGACCCAGUUAAGGACGGCGAAGGUAAAAUAAAAGCCGAAUUCGAUCAGUUGUACGAAGAUAUCCAGCAGGCUUUCAGAAAUCUGGAAGAUUAGUAACCUUGUAAAUUAUCCUGUAAUGUAAAUGUUUCCAAUGUAAUUUUAAUUAGUAGGUUUAUGCUUAAAAUUUACUUCAACAGUGGUGUUGGUUUUCCCACAAUGUAAAAAUAUCUCAUUCCAUAUUAUUUAGAGGGUAGAACUUUCUUGUACUAUAAGUAAAAGAAAAAAAUUAAAGAUGUACAGUAUUAUUCUUAAAAAACA